CUCCGCAGGGACGGCUCUCCCCGGGGCGACCGAGGCGGCUUCGCCUAAGUGGAAACCAUCCUAAAAUGGCUCUUUGCUUGUGAACGACCAUUUCAGCUGGGAACCCCUCCCUUCCUCUUUCUGACGUCGCCGCACAGUUAACUCCAACGCCCCGAACCCGCGAUUUUGCACGGGGCUGCGCUGUGGACGUGAAUGCACGAGCCAUCACAAAGAACAUUCCACGGGAUUCUUUCAGGGCCCAAGUUUCCCUUUCUUUUGGGGAGGAGAGGAAGAAGGGAGGAACCGAGACUCGGGUAGGAGCCAGGCGGACCACUGCCUUUGGAACCCAGGGGGCGCAGGGCCCUGCGGGGCUCCGGAGUUGGGGACCUCCACACGUUAAAAAUCCACUAAUCCUCGCGGACGCGGCGCUGGCUGCGCACGACCGCCACUCUCCUCUGGGACUUACUCUGGCUAGUGGUUUUGGUGCCGGGAGUCCCGAGUCGACGCCGGGAAGCCUGGGAGACUGUCCUCAAAUUUCUCGAGUCCUGCUUGCAGUUUCGCUUUCGGAAUUUUCGGGAUCUUUGGAUUUCCAGAGUUGGGUGGGAUUCCGGAAGGGCCAGGCACCGUGCUGGUACAUGUUCCUCCUUUCGGUGCAAUAAUCAGACUUUGCACAGAUCAUAGAUCCUGCCUUUUACCCCAACGUCCCCCUUUCGCCUUCCUGGAUCUCACUGUCGGUGGAGAGAGAGGUUGGGGUCCUCCGGCUCCCGCGCGCUGCCGCCCCAGCCGGGGAGAGUGCCGCCCUCCCGCCGCAUUUGUCGGCUCCAGUGGCUGAUCUGGAGCGGAACCACUUUCCUUCUAAGGCUGAACCUGCCUUAAUCCGGAUCCAUCACUUCUGCCCUCCACCCUCCUCAUCCCUUGGCGCUUCGAUCCUUGCACUGUAGCUCAGGGAAGUAGGAGGCCGAUUGGCGUGUCCAUACUAGGCGAAAGGAUCCGUGUUUCACCAGGCUGGAGAACGGGAAAACAGGUAACUUUUCCAGCAGGAUGAAUUAAGAGAGGAGGACGCUUACUUGUCAGGAAUGGAGAGCAGUUUGUCGGUUUCCAGUAUGCAAGACCCUUCAUCUUCGUCCUUAGAAAAGCAUCACAGCUCAGCGAAUGGCAAUGGAGAGCUUGACUCAGAGGAAGGCUCCAGCUUGGAGGAAAUCGGCUUUAAUUGGGGAGAUUAUUUGGAAGAAACAGGUACCAGUGCGGCCCCUCACGCAUCAUUCAAACAUGUCGAAAUCAGCAUUCAGAGCAACUUCCAGCCAGGCAUGAAGUUGGAAGUGGCCAACAAAAACAACCCCGACACGUACUGGGUGGCCAGCGUCAUCACCACCUGCGGGCAGCUGCUGCUGCUGCGCUACUGCGGCUACGGGGAGGACCGCAGGGCCGACUUCUGGUGCGACGUGGUGAUCGCCGACCUGCACCCCGUGGGGUGGUGCACGCAGAACAACAAGGUCCUGAUGCCCCCGGACGCAAUCAAAGAGAAGUACGCGGACUGGACAGAAUUUCUCAUACAAGAUUUGACUGGCUCACGGACAGCGCCCGCCAGCUUACUGGAAGGUCCUCUGCGAGGGAAAGGCCCUAUAGACCUCAUUACAGUUGAUUCCUUAAUAGAACUUCAGGAUUCUCAGAACCCUUUUCAGUACUGGAUAGUUAGUGUGAUUGAAAAUGUUGGAGGAAGAUUACGCCUUCGCUAUGUGGGAUUGGAGGACACUGAAUCCUAUGACCGGUGGUUGUUUUACUUGGAUUACAGACUUCGACCAGUUGGUUGGUGUCAAGAGAAUAAAUACAGAAUGGACCCACCUUCAGAAAUCUAUCCUUUGAAGAUGGCAUCUGAGUGGAAAUGUGCUCUGGAAAAAUCCCUUAUUGAUGCUGCAAAGUUUCCUCUUCCAAUGGAAGUAUUCAAGGAUCAUGCAGAUUUGCGAAGCCAUUUCUUCACAGUUGGUAUGAAGCUAGAGGCAGUGGAUAUGAGUGAACCCUUUCAUAUCUGUCCUGCAUCAGUGACUAAGGUUUUUAGCAAUCAUUUUUUUCAAGUGACCAUUGAUGACCUGAGAGCAGAACCUAGUAAAAUCUCAAUGCUGUGCCAUGCUGAUUCUUUGGGGAUUUUACCAGUUCAAUGGUGCCUUAAAAACGGAGUCAAUCUCACACCUCCCAAAGGUUACUCUAGCCAGGACUUCGACUGGGCAGAUUAUCAUAAGCAACAUGGGGCAGAGGCAGCCCCUCCCUUCUGCUUCAGAAACACAUCAUUCGGUCGAGGCUUCACAAAGAACAUGAAGCUCGAAGCUGUCAAUCCCAGGAAUCCAGGAGAGCUCUGUGUGGCCUCUGUCGUUGGUGUGAAGGGCAGGCUGAUGUGGCUUCACCUGGAAGGUCUGCAGACUCCCAUUCCUGAAUUCAUUGUCGAUGUUGAAUCUAUGGAUAUCUUCCCAGUGGGCUGGUGUGAAGCAAACUCUUAUCCCUUGACUGCACCACACAAAACAGUUUCCCAAAAGAAGAGAAAGAUUGCAGUUGUGCAACCAGAAAAACAAUUAACGUCCUCAGUGCCUGUUGAGAAAAUACCUCAUGACCUUUGUUCAUUCCCUCACCCGGACAAUACAAGUACCGUCAACGGGAAGUACUGUUGCCCUCAGCUUUUCAUCAACCACAGGUGUUUCUCAGGCCCUUACCUAAACAAAGGAAGAAUCGCAGAGCUACCUCAGUCGGUGGGACCAGGGAAAUGUGUGCUGGUUCUGAAGGAGGUUCUUAGCAUGAUCAUCAAUGCGGCUUACAAGCCCGGAAGGGUCUUAAGAGAGCUGCAGUUGGUGGAAGACCUGAGCUGGAAUUUCCAGGAGGAGACACUGAAGGCCAAGUACCGAGGCAAAACAUACAGGGCUGUGGUGAAAAUCGUACGAACGUCUGACCAAGUAGCGGAUUUCUGCAGACGUGUUUGUUCCAAGCUAGAAUGCUGUCCAAAUUUGUUUAGCCCAGUGCUCGUUUCUGAAAACUGCCCAGAGAACUGCUCGGUUCAUACCAAAACCAAAUACACCUAUUAUUAUGGAAAAAGAAAGAAGAUCAUUAAGCCUCCCAUUGGGGAAAACAACACAGAAAGCGGACACCCCAAACCCGCCAGGCGUAGGAAAAGACGGAAAUCCAUUUUUGUGCAGAAGAAACGGCGCUCUUCGACAGUGGACUUCACCACUGGCUCGGGAGAGGAAAGUGAAGAGGAGGACCCAGAUGCCGUGGAAGAUGACACGGGGAGUGAGGAGACGGGCUCUGAGCUCCGGGAUGACCAGACGGACACCUCCUCGGCCGAGGUCCCCUCCGCCCGGCCCAGGAGGGCCGCCACCCUGCGGAGCGGGGCAGAGCCGGAGCGGCGUCCCCCAGUCGAGAGAACGCGCAGGGUCCGGAAAGCACCGGUGCCCUCCUACGCCGAGGGGGACGAGAAGAGCACGCAGGCCAGGCCGGAGGGAGCUGAGGAAAUGAAACCAGAAGACGAGGAAAGACUCAUUCUCGAGAGCAACCCACUAGAGUGGACAGUGACCGACGUGGUGAGGUUCAUUAAACUGACAGACUGCGCCCCCUUGGCCAAAAUAUUUCAGGAACAGGACAUCGAUGGGCAGGCGUUGCUCCUCCUGACUCUUCCCACGGUGCAGGAGUGCAUGGAGCUGAAGCUGGGACCCGCUAUCAAGUUGUGCCAUCAGAUCGAGAGAGUGAAGGUGGCUUUCUACGCCCAAUAUGCCAACUGACUCUUGUUCUCAUACGCUGGCCCCUUAGAGCGAUGCAGUGAAAGCUUUCAGGACCAUGACUUUUUAUUUCUUUCCGGGAUAUGUGAAAUGGUACACCACCACCGAAAAGUGACAAGACCAAGUCCUCCUCUACACCAGCCUGUUCUGCUCUUUCUAUCUUUUUCAAGCACACCCAGGUACCACGGCAGAACCUUCUGGAGAGUUUUAAGUUCUGUUUCAGGCCCUGCCAUAAUAUGGAUGAGCUUACAUGUUGUUUAUCCACAUCUCGCCUCGCCACCACCCCAAACCAGGCAGCUUCCCCUGAACAGGGUCCACGCUCCUUUGAAAACCAAAGUGGAGCUGGUGUCUUCGCAAAUGGGACCGCAGAGGAUACCUUGCUGGUAGCUUUUGCCAUAACCAUUCUCAGGCACAUUUAUCAAUGCUUCUUUCACAUUGAUACACUUGUGACUGAGGUCCAGGGACCUGUGCUGCCACUGCAAUUUGAUCUUGGUGGUAACUCAUUUCUCAAACACAGCUGUAGGGGAUGUUUCCAGAUGUAGUUAUGAAAAGCUGAGCUAGCCCUGCAUCCUCUGCCAGCGGUGCCUUUUAGGAGGUAGGGGGAGGGAAGGCCGGCCAGCAACUCAUUAUAGUGAGACUGUUUUUCUUGAGGCAUCGAAGUCUUAGAAAGUCUGUAGAGACAAGUUCUAUUCUCAGUCUUUUAUAGAACCUCUGAUACCUCUCACAUUUUAGUUUGUCACCAGAUCAUAGAGAGUCUCCUUUAGUCACCCAAGAAAUGCGGAAUUGCAUGUUGAAGGGGAAGCUUAGUUUCAGAGAGCAAGACUGUGAAGAGACUGGGGAAAGCUUUUCAUGAAUGAGCUUCACCCCCUUAGAGGAAGGCCGGCAUGAGGUCACCACGGGGGACCUCCUGUGCCCAGCGUUUGUGCAUUUCCGCUCUGACAGGCCAUGGAUACCGUGCGUGAUGAGGUCGUGUUCCUGGUGGGAUGCGGCGUAGCUAGAACCAGGCUCAGUGAGCAAGCCCCGGUUUUCUUAUCCCGGCUUUGCUAAUGACUAGCGCCAUGACUUGAGGUCAUUCUCAGUCUUCUUGGGGACUCCGUUCCUGUCAAACGACAGGUUUGAACACUUAAGAGUGUGGCUGUGAGCAUAUGCCUCCUCUCCCUCACCUUCAUCCAGAUUGGCCAAAAUGAGGAAAAGAAAAGAAACGAGAAAGAAGUGUGCUAUAUUUUGCUUUCGCUCUGUAGUUCCUGAAGCUCAUUCUGGCUUUGAGAUUGGCUUACAGAAUGUCUUGGGCAUUGUUCCUUUAGUCACUUAAAGCUGUUUGCAGGAGCUCUGUGGCCCUGAGACGUGGCUGCUCUUUGGAACCAAGCACUUCAUCUGGGUAUUCACAUAAGUGAUUCAGUGUAUUUGGUCAGACCCAGAUGCUUCCAAAUGGACUACCGCAUCCCUGUUUAUGGUGGGGCCAUUAUCUGUCAAACUACCGCUAACCUUUCUUAGUAUUCUGUAGCUGUUACAGAUGAACAUGGAAAGCAAAUACUUUGUGGUUGAGACUUUUUAGUCUCCCCUGUAGCAAAUUUCUCCAGUCGAGUUUUAAACCUUUGGCAGGUGGGGAAAGAGCAAUCUCUGAAACACUGUUAGCACGCAGCAUUUUGAGGGAGGAAAUGGACUUGGCGAUUCAGGGUUAGUUUGCAGUCAUAUCUUUCUGCUAAUCUAAAGUCUUGACCCCUUCUCAGUUUCCCAUCCCUGCCUUCUCAGGCACGUGCUUUUGGCCUUAAGUGCUCAAUGUUGUGGAGUUAAAUUUUGUCAGAUGAUCGGAAAACGUAUCCAUUUCAAGAUUGUUGGCAUUUUCUGUGCGCUCCCUCCUUGAUGAUCAUUCACUGUGACCUUUUCAAGCUGAGCUAUUUCUGCUGCAUUUGAAACAGGGAUGACAGAAAUCAUUGGCUACCAUGGGGCAUAGGAUUUCCAGGGCGAAUAUCGCCUUCUCGUGCCCUUUCAAGUCAUGGCAUGGAGGGGGAGGGGCUAUGUGGGAGAAGGUGGACCGACUGAGUGGGACCCCCACCCCGAGGGGCUGAGGGCUCCCACCGGGAUCCUCAGGCAGGACACGGCCACCAUGGCUGGGUGGGGCCAAGGCCCAAGGCUCCUUUUUCUGCAGACCUGAAGAGUUGUCUCUUGCUUCUCCCUGCGUGACACCACGCACUUCAGCUUCAGCCUUGCGAGUGCCUGGAGAGGAGAGGAGGCAGCUUGCCUGGCUCUGGGGUGUCACGAUGGAGAUCAUCCAUGCGCUCUCCCCAGCCCUUCUGGAGAGCCAAGAAAUAUUUUAGGACCAAGCCCUUGCUUCUCCUCUGAGUAUUGCAAAUGUCCUCCUGAACUUGGAUCUUUGAGUGGUUCCAGGAUCUUGGGUGUACUUCACCACGUCAGCAGCGAUCCUGUUGCAACAGAAUCCGAAGGUUGUGUCCGUUUCUGAAGGAUUCUCCUCUCACCACCUUCUGUCUUAGAAGAGCAGCCCAGCCGUCCUCCAAGAGGCAUUUUGCUGGGUUGUGUCCUUGUCUCUUAGGAGAGAAAAAUUAAUUUUACAUAUGUACCCCAAUAAUCACCACAGCCCCUGGGCCAACCGUUUCUUGGUCUAAAUACUCUAACAAGCGGCACCCCCACCAUGUCGUCCCCGGACGUCACAAUUUCUUCUCUGUCUCUCUUAAUUUGGGACCAAACUCCUCUCUUCUAGGCCCCUGGGUCUUGUGUAAUCAGAACACUCAUUACCUCCGAGAACUGGCCAGGAAGUGUGGUUUUUCCCUCUCCCGGCCAAGUAGACAUUUUGCAGCCUGUACAGUGUGUAUUAACUUGGGAAGCAGAAAUGCCACCUUUCCUUUAAAUAACUAUCGCUCAUUCCCUCCCUAAACCUAAAGGAACUUGUUUCAGCCCCUGACCUCUUGAUUCCAGUUGUGUGCUGUGUUGUAAAAAUAUUCUACAUGCAGAAAACAUGAACAGAAAAGCCUAAAAGAGCAGGGCACCACUGGCAUUACAGAAGAAAUUCUUUGCCUUCAAAAGAAGCAAACAAAACAAACAUCAGUUUCCUCCAUCACGGAGUUUCAUAGCAUGGAGGAUUCGUCUGCUACUUUUUAAAUUGGGUUCCUUUGAUUUAAAUUAGAUUCACACAGUGUUCGAGCUGUGCAGCUAUUUGUUUGCUUUACCUUAUUUGAUCAUAUUUGAAAGAUCAUUUCCUGUGUCCGCUUUGAUUUCUUCCUCAGUAAAUUAAAAUGAUUCAAACCGAACACUGCCACAUCUGAUCCUUACUUCAAUCUCGAGAAGGUUGAUUUUGAUCAGCCUUUUGAAGACUCAUCUCAGUUUCCUGAUUUCACUCAUAGAAUGUUGUGUGUUAUAUUAGGCAAGUUCUGGGAUUUGUCUUUUAUCUUAUACCUUUUUCUGAGAGCUAUUAUUCCCUUAGUUUUGGAAGCACUAGGGGUUUUCAUGCUUAUUUUUUAGAACACCCACUUAUAUUUAUUUCUGUAUAUAGAACUAAAACAAUAGUGUUAAAAUCUAUGUUGUGGUUUGAGCAUUGGAGCUGCUUAUUGGCUAAGAUGGUGAACCUGGGUUCCACUCACUCUGUUCUGUCUUUAGAAAGCUGUGAUUAAAUGUGCAAUUAUUUGAAGGAUAAAAUAGUGAAUUAUGAUAUCUGUAGUCUUGAAGAGGAAACCAUUGGAGAGACAUACAUACUCCUAAUGUCUCUUUGGUGCAAUAAUUAAAUAGGAAAGGCAAGUUGUAUUGGCAGACACUGCAGUUUAAAGAUUCCCUUAUUCACUGUUCUCUCUGUUGCAGAGUUUUCUGAAAAUGACUUUACCCCCUUUUACUUGGAGUUUUUAAGUUGGUUUAUUCUUAUAACUUUUAUCACUAGAGUUGGUUAACAAUAGGUAUCAAAAAAAUGACAUGAUAAAAUCAAAUUGUGCUAUUUUUGACUCACUCAAUUUACCUAAAUACUAUAAAUGCUGAGAUGUGAUGCUGCCUUUGUAUUUGGAUUAAAUUUCUCUCUUGUUUAAAUGAUAAAUAAUGCCAACAAUUUUCUGAGCUGUUGUCUUUCCAUCUUAAUGAUUUUGUGGCAAAAUGGCUGUGAUUUGGCACCAGUGCGUGAGCCAUGUCUUUUAACCAAGGCUGAACAGUCCUUCUCACAGGCUGAAGAGAUGCAUUGGAGAAAGAGUAAUGUUCUAGGACAAUUGUGUUCUGAAAAUCAUCUUCCGAUGGGAAAUUUGAGACAAAUGUUUUAAAUAACAGAAGAAAUAAUUAGCUCAUUUGUUGUUCAGAAGGGGAGCUGGCAUGAUAUCUAGAAGCAUAAACUGUCCCUAGUUGCAAUUGUCGAAAGCCCUUUUGCAUUCCAGUUUGAAUAGGUUGUAUUGAAAUUUGACUCAUAUCUUGUGUACAUUUUGGUGCGUAAAAGGGAAAGUUGGUGUUUUUACUUUUGAAAUUUGCAGGACGAAGGGCAUGUUAUUAGUUUGCUGUAAGAUUGUAUUCUGUAUAUAUGUUUUCAUGUAAAUAAAUGAAAAUCUAUAUCAGAGUUAUAUUUUAAUUUUUAUUCUAAAUGAAAAGAAAACCCUUUUUACUUGAAAAAAAAUUGUAAGCCACAUUGUUA